AUGCAUCAGAUUCAGAACAUUGCCACAAAUAACCAGCUUUCCGACCAAGGUCUGCUCCCACGACGCUGCAGCGACUCUGAGUCCGUGGACGACGACGGCCUCCUCCCAAAGCUAGCUGGGAACGUUGCACAACUUGGAUGGGUUGCUGGUCCAGCCGUGAUCAUCUUCUUCUCCCUCGUGACUUUCUAUACCUCCGCUUUGCUCUGCGCCUGCUAUCGUUCACCUGUCACUUCCAAGAGAAACCAUACUUACAUGGAUGCCAUUCGAUCCAACUUGGAUGGGGCAAAGGUCAAGAUAUGCUUGGUGAUUCAGUACCUGAACCUUCUUGCAGCAGCCAGCGAGUACACUGUUUUUGCAGCCCUAAUGAUGAUGCACGGAUAUCAGGAAUUGGUCUUGGCCUUGCUAUCGCUAAAGUUGCAGGUACGUAGGUGCAAGUUUUGUACGUUUUGCUCAAUUAUAUUACAAGAAAAUGGCCGAAACUUCGAUCGGAAUCUGACUGUAAAAAUGAACCUUGCAUGGUGUGUGCAUGGGAUAUAUUAUACUGAACUUCCAUUGACGGAUGGUAAUAACACUACGACUCCAGCCCAAAAAAUAUUGAAGAUCAUCCGAGCAGUCGGGGAUUUAGCUCAUGCAUACGAUUUAUCAGCCGUCCUUAUUGAGACCAUGUUAAAUAUAUCCCCACCAUUAGAAGCCGAGACAAUCAUGAAGAAGGCCACUCGACGUAGCCUUAUACUCACAACCUUUGUCUGCAUGCUUCAUGGUUGCUUGCUUUUUGCUGCUUUUGGAAAUAACGUAUCUCCUCGUGUAUUCCUCCUUCAUGGCUUCUAUAAACCAUAUUGGCAGCUUGACAUGAUAGCAAGUGCUGCCAUAGUAAUUCAAUUUUCUGGAGGAUACCAGAUCUAUUUGCUACCCAUUUUGACCAUGGUUGAGGAAGCCCUAGGAGAGAGAUUCCCGGAUAAUGAAUUCAUCACCAAAGACAUUAAAAUCCCGACCGGCUGCAAACUCAACCUCUUUCGACUGGUUUGGAGGACACUUUUUGUGAUCACAACCACUGUGUUAUCAAUGUUUCUAACAAUCUACGUCGACCUGCUUAAACUCGUUCAGAUUUUGGCCUUUUGGCCUAUCGCAGUUUACUUCCCAGUGGAGAUGUAUAUGGUGCAAAAGAAGAUACCAAAAUGGAGCAAAAGAUGGACUUGCCUUCAAAUCCUCACUGUCGGGUGGCUCAUUGUUACCAUAGCCACAGCUGCUGCCUCUAGUGUUGAUAUUUUUAGUACUGGGUCUAAUUAUUAUGAUCCCUUCAAGCCAAAGUAUUUCUAG